AUGGGAGAUGCUUCUCAUGCGUCUCAUGUUAGGUCUCGUACUUAUGCUGAUCAGGUGAAGGGGAAGCAACAACUUCCAACAACAUCUAUUGAUCUCAGUUCUUUACCAUUGCCAACGUUAAAAGAAGGCAAACCAGCAAUUGUUUUACCUGAAUAUUUCUAUUUGGAAGGUUGUGAUAUUUGGAAAUUCAGUCUUAUUGGACGUUUAGAUUUCAAAAGAAUUACUUUCCAAGAGGUGAAGGAUGAUUUGGAACAUCAAUGGCAGCUAGGUCAAGGUGCGGUUCAGCUAAUUCCUAUGAGUAGAGGUUUCUUCACCAUCAAGUUACAAUCCCAAACAGCAAAAGACAAGCUUUUGAAUGCUGAAGCUUGGUUUUUUAGGCAUCAAAAGCUAACCCUAAUUGAAUGGUUUCCUGGUUUUGAUGCUGAAAAACAAAGAUCAUCUCAUGCUUCCGUGUGGGUUUCUUUUCCAGGGCUUCCAUUAGAAUUCUGGACAGAAAAAACACUAUUGUCCUUGGCUAAAUCAUUAGGAACUCCAAUUGUGGUUGAUAGACGUACUCUUGCUCAUGAAUAUGGUCACUUUGCAUCAGUUUUGGUGGAUAUUAAUUUUGCUGAAGCAGCUACUGAUGCUAUUCAUAUUACGGUUGGGGGUUUAGAUUUUUGGCAAUCUGUUGAGAUUCAAAAAGUUCCAAAAUAUUGUUCCAAGUGCAAGUUGAUUGGGCAUACUGAUCAUGAAUGUAGAAAGCAGCACAAGGAAAAUACUGAGCGACAACUUGUGGUAAGCAAACAAGUUAGCGUUGAUGAUUCUCAACCUGGCGUGAGCAAUAUUCCUAAACCUGCUGGUGGGGAAUGGCAAGUGGCUAGGCGUAAGAAGAAGGGUAAGAAAAAAGCUCACAACGUCAAUGUAGAUGUUCGUGAUGUUGUUGAUAAUAUUGCUGGUGAAGAAGCUGAUGUGGAGUUUGCUGCUAAGCUGGUGAAGGCUCAGCAAUGUGGAGGGAGUUCAGCUGAUGCAAAGUUUAGGGCUGAUCAAGAAGCUAGGCGUGUUCGCAUGCAAUCCAUGCAUAAGGUAGUGAAUACUACUGAGGGUAGGAAUGCUUCUGAUUCCGAGUCUCUUCAGGACUCCAAUUUGAGAAUUUGUGCUGAAAAAGGAAGUUUACCAAGAAUUAAUUCUGGUGCAACUUCUCAGAUUGAUAUUAACUCCUCCAAAACUGGUUUUUAA